GUUGACUCGAUGGAAUUAUAUGCCCCAGGUUCAAGCGAUCCUGAGCCAGACUCUGUAGAGGAUCUGUUUGAUUCAUUGGAAUUGUACGUCCCGGGUCCAAGCGUUCUCGAGCCACAACCUGAAUGGGAUCUGGCUACUCCGGAGGAUUUGGGUGCACCAGGUCCUAGCAUUCUUGAGCCAGAAUCUAAGGUGUUAUCUGAACUUUCAAGUUUGGAAAACUAUGUCCCUUUAAACAUAUUCCAACUAGAGGAUCGUUUGAAGCAGUGUACACUGUUCAAACAAAGACAUGUCACUAACGUCUGGCCCAGGGUCUUCAUCGGAGACGAAGAGACCGCAACAGACCGAGAUAUGCUGCAGGAGAUGUGCAUCACUCACAUCCUGAAUGCUGCAGCGCCCAAAAAGGACUUGAACUACUUCUUGGGAACAUCUUAUGUUGAAGACAUAGUAGGAACAGUCAAUACAGGGUCCAGAUAUUACAGAGGCUUGCACAUCAAUUAUUACAGCUUGCCUACAACGGACAGACACUGUUCUGACAUCAGCAAGUGCUUCAUGCCAGCUGCAAAAUUCAUUGACAAGGCCCUGGAUAAGCGAGCGAGUAAGGUGUUGAUUUGCUGCAAGCAGGGUGUCGACCACUCUGCGACUCUGUUUCUGGCGUAUUUGAUGAUCUGCCAUGACAUGAUGGUGGAGGAUGCCAUUGAUCACGUCAUAAAGUCGAGACGCAUCAGGCCCUCCAGAGACUUCCUGAAGAAGCUGAUGCUCCUCAAUGCUGACCUUGUGAACAAACGAAAACUAAAGCUAGAGGACAUAAAAGCAGGCAGAGAGAGGAAAAAAUGGCAGCUAAAAAAAAGUAGUGUGCAGAUAUUAAAAAAUUUGCACAUAUGAAAACAGAGCACACACACAGAAAAAACGUAAAAAUAGGGCACAAUACUCUAUUAAUUUGAAGGAAUUUAUUUUUGAAAUCUGAAAAAAUAAUAUAAAAUAAAAAUAAAAAAUAAAAAUAAUCAUUCAAAAUUAGUUAAAAUCAAACCUUUGCACAUAGUUGAAUAAAAUAUUUAAAAUUAUUGGAUAAUUUCCUGGUAAUGAGCUGCUAGUUCCUUUGUUUAUGUAUUUAUUUCGUUACAGUCUAGUUGAAUAAGUGCACAGAUAGAAAAACAAAUAGAGCACAGAUAAAAAAAAACAAUAAAAAUUAUAUUUAUUAAAAAAAUGCAAAAUAAAAAGAAUAAUUCAAAAAUAGAAUCAAACCUUUGCACAUAGUUUAAAUAUUAAAAUUAAUAUUUUUUAUUUAUGUACUUUAUGUAUUUUACUCUAUUUCUUACAGUGCAGAUGAUUAAGUGCACAGAUAAAAAAAAAAUAGAGCACGGAUUAAAAAACAGCACAGAUAAGUUAAAAUAAAAUAGCACAGAUAAAUAUAUGAGCAAAAUCUGCUCAUUCAGAAAUAGUUUAAAUCAAACCUCUGCACAUAGUUGAAUAAAAUAUUGAAAAUAUAACAUUUUAUGAAGCAUUGUUGUUGUUGUCAGUUUUCCUGAUUUCUGAAUUCCAUCAUUU